GAACAAGAAUUAAAAAACUACCUCCGAGAAGAAUUAAGAAAUAAGGAUAAGGAACUCUUUGUGGUUGUAACACAAGAAGUGGAGCAAGCACGGAGCUGGUGCAGUCCAAGCACUAGCGAUUCAAGUACAAAUAAGAUUGGUGCAAUAGAAUCUGGAGCAGUAGGAGAUUCACUUUAUUUAGGCAGCUGUGAAGGUGUGCAAGAUACAAAAGCAUUCAACCCACCUGGUUUUUCUUUUAUUGAUCAAGACCCUCUUGUUGGGGACACUCCUGCAUCAGAAGUUGCCAUUAAGGCAAAUAAUCAUGAAAAGUUUUAAUAUUAAACAUUAUUUAAAGUCUUACCUGUGUUGAUGUUUUCCUUUUGUAAUUAUCCUGAACUUUUUAAGGAAGAUAAACAUUUUUAAAUUGUGGUAUUGGAUAUUCAUAUAAUUUUUAAAUUUUAUUUUUUCUGGUGUAAACUGAAAAUUAGAUAUCCAUAUGUUUAGGAAGUCAAAACAAUUCAAUUAUUAAGUGUCAUAAAAAUAACAACCAUUUUAAUUAUGUCAUUAAUCUUCAUUGUCAAUACUUUUGGGGUUAUGCUGUUGGAUUGCUACCUCACUGCCACAAAUAGGUAAAUAUUAUGUUGUGAAGAAAGAUAUUUGACAUUCCAUUUUUUCAUUGGGGUGUUGGUACAUGAAACUGUAUUAUUUUCACUUAAUGUACUGUAUGUUGAAUACAAUGAAGUGUAAAUAUCAAAGAAAAGAUAUAUCAAGUAGAACUUAGAGAGCCUGCCACAGUACCUUUUAUUGAUAAAACACCUUUUACUGUUGUAUCAACAGAUUGAUAUUGUGAAGUCUGUGAUAAGUUUUACAAGUUUUACAAUAAUAUAUUACCUACACUGAUUAUAUGUUUAGAGCUUCAUAUAAAGAUACAGCAAUAGGGGUUUGAUAAUAAACAGCAACUAUUUUUGCUGCUUUUCUAACAUUUAAUAAUUAAUAUUUACUCCCGUAGUUAGAGGUACUGUAUUAUGCAUAAAUUGAAAUAUAUUUAAUAAGUGCAAAUAAAUUAUAUAGUAUCUAUAAUGAUUUGUGUUGGAAUGUAUAAAGUAUUCUUAGUUUUAAAGAAAAAUGUUAUUUAUUACAUUGUUUAUAUUUUGUGAAAGGUUUACAUCAUUCAGAAAGUAUGGGAAUAAUUUCCAGUACUUAACUUUUUCUUGAAACAUUGUUUUUUAUCAACAUAAGGUACCCACAUGUUGGUGCCUUCCUUAAAUGAAUAUAGAAUUUAAAAUUUUCUAUCAGGUUGGUGCUUUGGUGAAUAUCAGUUUUCAUUUAUACACCAGUGAAAAUAGUGUUUGAGCCUCAGAUGUCUGUAAACUGAGGCUGUCUGUUAUUUAUUGUAAGUGUAAUUCUUUUUUCCUUUGUAAGAUAAAAGAUGUGUAGUUUGAUAUUACUGGUGUAGAGAAAUUAUCUGAUUGGAAAUUGAAUUAUUAGCUCUCAAGGAACAUUCAAUUCUGUAAUUUGAUCAUGGAAAUGUACAUGUCAAAACAAACCAUUUUGGUUAUACUACACUUCUCUCUUGUGUUUGCAUUUAAUAAAUUACUGUUUCUAUGUAA